AGGAAGUAGAAGGUAGCUAGAGAACACGAGGAAGACACAAACUACUACAUCACGAUGAAGUGUUGCAGCAACAACACAGUCAGAAAUACUUGACCUGGUCACUUGUCUUCAUCAUUUAACUUUAUUAUAAAAAUGGCUAAAUGUUUAGACAAAGUGAGUUGAUUGACAAGUUAAGCUAGUAGAAGAACUUUCGCGUGAAAGCGAAAAUCUUGUUGGCUAUGAGUUUGGACAAUGGAGGAUAGUCAGUGUGGGGACUUGGACUACCUAAUCCAGGAUGAGGACACCAUCAUUGAGGGUGUCAGCAACCAGGUUUUGUUCGUGGUGGUCCUCAGUUUCACCUUCCUUGCAGGCCUUCUGACUUUGAUCUUCAGGCAGGAGCAGCAGAAUAUUCACCCUGAGAAUCAGGAGCAUGUCCGGGCCGUCAGGCAACAGCUCCAAACUGAUCAGGAUGAAAAUCCUCAGACAGAAGCCAGGCUGCAGUAUUACACAGACAUGUCCUGUCCUGUGUGUUUACAACAAGCUGUUCUGCCUGUGGAAACCAACUGUGGACAUCUUUUCUGUGGUUCCUGCAUUCUAGCUUACUGGAGGUAUGGCACCUGGCUGGGUGCCAUCCACUGUCCAAUCUGCAGACAGAUGGUGACACUACUGUUUCCAUUAUUUCAUGAGGAUGCUGCUCCUCCGCGGGUGCAGGAUGGAGAGGCAGAACCUCAGUUUAUAUUAAGAGAUGUCAACGAUUACAACCGUAGGUUCUCCGGCCAGCCAAGAUCUAUUAUGGACAGACUACGGGACGUGCCCACGUUGCUCCGUCACGCCUUCAGGGAGAUGUUUUCUGUGGGUGGCCUCUUCUGGAUGUUCAGGAUCAGAAUCCUACUCUGCCUGGUCGGCGCCAUCACCUACCUGGCCUCGCCGCUCGACAUUCUGCCCGAAGCACUGUUCGGCCUCCUGGGUUUCCUGGAUGAUUUCUUUGUGAUUCUCCUUCUGUUUGUCUACAUUUCUAUCAUGUACAGAGAAGUGGUCACGCAGAGACUGAAUGGUUAGGCGAUCACUGAUCAGACUUGAGCGAGGACUUCUAGAAACUGAAUAAAUGCUGAAGUUUCCUCCGAGGGCUUUGCUUUAAUUAAACGGGCUGUUUUAGAAGAGGUUCGCCUAAAGAGUUCUGGUUGUUUUUAUGUAUGAAAGUUCUAAAAGCUUGAAUGAAACAUGGUUAGUAACAAUGAAGGCUGAAGAAGACCGGUGUAUGGUACUUCACCCAGGCUGAACAUCUCGUAAGGAAGUGAUCAUCCUGACUGCUUUUGACCUUAUUUAUGAAAACAGAUAUUCAGUUCAGCCAAGUGAAAACAAAAACAUCUUUAAAGUAUUGAUUUAAAGUUCUUGAUUUCUUGACAUAAAGUUGAUUUAACCACAGUUGACGAGCCAAAUUAACAUUUAACUGUGGUUGUUGCAGCUUUUCUGACCAUUUAAAUUGACGAAUGCUGUUAUUUCUUUUACUUACAACUAAUCAUCCUGUUAGAUGUGUGAGUGAAUCCCUAACAGUUCGAUCUUCAUGUUAAACAAUUGGAUUAGAUGCAAUCCUGAGAUUCAUGCAUCCGGAUAUUCUGAUUACGCAAGGCAGUUGUAAAAAAUGCAAAAUGUAUUUCUUGAUUAUAAUAAUAAACAGAAAAGUGACCAUUUUAAAAGUCACAUUGAAAAUGA